AUGACUCAAUCUCGAACGAAAAUUUUGGGCGCUGUUUUUGGUAUCGGUAUGAACAUAAACAGCAUCAUUGGAUCAGGGAUCGUUAUCACACCAGGAAUUAUAUUGAAUUCAGUAAAAUCUCCAGGAAUUGUAUUAUUACUAUGGUUUAUUGGUGGAAUUAUUAGUUUUUCGGGAUCAUUAGUAUAUGCUGAACUUGCCGUUAUACAUAAAAUAAAUGGAGGAGAAUUGAAAUAUUUACAAGAUGCUUAUCCAAACCCGAAACUUUUAAUGAGCUAUCUUUUUAACUUUAUGUACAUUUUUGUGAUUCAGCCGGGAAUUACAAGUGCAGUUUUAUAUUCAGCCGCGAAAUAUUUUUGGUAUAUUAUUAAUGGACUUCAAAAUGAUAUCAAGACAGAUAUUACGGAUAUUGAUGGGUGGAAUUUUCCAUUUUCUCCAUUUGGUUCUGUAAUAUUCAUAGCGAUUGCAAUUUUAUUUAUUAUAACAGCAUAUCAUAUGAUUAAUAAUAGACUGGCAAACGUUAUAAACCAAACACUAGCAGUUAUAAAAUUAAUCACAUAUUCAAUUAUCGCAAUAGCUGGAAUUUUCAAAUUGAUAUUAGAUUGGGAAGCAAGUCGUAUUAAUUGGCAAAAACCAUUUAGUGGAAAUAUAGAUUUUACAGCUUAUACUUCCGCUGUUUUAUUGAUAAUGUUUAGCUAUGAUGGAUGGAACAAUUUGAAUUAUUCGCUGGAUGAGUUUAGAAGUGUAGAAAACAAGGAUCUUUUCAGUAAUAGUAUUAGUGUUGUCAUUGUUACAUUAUUAUCAUUUAUCUCUGUUGUACCUGAAGCAGAGUUAAUAUUAAAAGACGGACGGGUGGAUCAAACUAUAGCAGUAAACUUUUUUAAGAAAUUAUUUGAUCAAAAUAAGAUAUUAGUAAUAAUAUUUGCUUUUCUAAUUGUACUUUCUUUGGUUGGUACUGCUGCAUCAAAUAUAUGGAGUGGAUCAAGAGUUAUUGUUGCAGCCGCAAAAUCAGGAUUUUUUCCAGCAUAUUUACAUCGAUUGAAAAUUUGGCAUAAUUACUGUAACACACCAAUUAAUGCAUUAUUAGCGCAGUUUAUUUGUCAUUGGAUCUUUUAUCUUGCCAUUGGUAUAGGUUUAUUUGUAAUUCGAUUCAAAAGAAAUAAGGAUGGAAAUGCAACACCCAUAACAUUUAAAGUUCCGUUUCUUAUAGUAGGAAUUUUUAUAUUAGCAGGAUUAUUUAUACUUAUAUGUUCUUUUGCUGUCAAUGUUCAAUGUCCAAUUUCUAUAUCAUCUGAUCCAGUUAAAUGUAAACAAACCUUAAAAGUUGAUGAUGAUCCAGAUGAAAGAUCUGAAAAUGCAUCUGAAAUUUUUGCUAAUUUUUAA